AUGGAUUCUGGCAGUGGGAGUAUGCAGUCCUCCAGCGGCGGCGAUGACGAGUACGACUCGCGGGCCGAGUCAAUCUCCGCUCUACUGAGUAACCCACCGAGUCAACUCGGCCACAUGUCUAGCCACGCACCGCCACAUCACCACCACCACCACCAACAAACCCAUCACCACCUAGACCCUCUAUCAAACAUGUUCGAUCCAUUAUCCUCCAGGCUCACGAACCCGAACCCGCUUCUCAAUUUCGACAUGGCGUGGUCCAAAACCCUAAGAUCCGACCCGAAUCCCACCGAUCUCGGUGGCCUAAGCCAACCCUUUUUGACCAACCCCAAUAUUAAUCAAUUAGGACAAAGCAGAGGCGGCGGCGGAGGCGGAGGCGGCUCGUCUACUUUUGCGGCUCUUCAGAUCCCGCAUGAUCACCAAAACGUUUCGGCUUCUUCUUCGGCUCCAAACAACCAAACCCACAACAUCAACAGUAACAGCAACAACAACAGCAACAGCAACGGAGUCGUUCGGAACCCGAAGAAGAGGUCGAGAGCGUCGAGGCGCGCACCGACGACUGUGUUGACAACAGACACCACAAAUUUCAGAGCCAUGGUUCAGGAAUUUACAGGUAUCCCUGCUCCUCCAUUUACAUCCUCCUCGCCUUUCCCGAGAAGCAGACUGGAUCUCUUUAGCUCAGCUGCUGCCGCCUCUGCCCUCAUGAGAUCAGCUGGAGGAGGAGGAGGAGGAGGAGGAGGGGGUUUGGGUUUGGAGCCUUCACCUCCUUCUUACCUUUUAAGGCCUUUUGCUCACAAAGUCUCUCACCAACCACCGUCUUCUUCUUCCAUUCUUGAUCAUCCAAACUUACCCUCAACUAAUUCAAGUGCCACUAACCAUCACAAUAAUCUCCUCAAUAUGCAGCAAAACCCAUCACCCUCCUCCUCCUCGGUUCUUAAUUUCCAGUCCCUCUUUCAACCCCAACAUCAGCAGCAGCAGCCUAAAUACUCACUGCCCAUUAAUUCUCCGAAUGAUCUCCUUGCCUCCAAGACACCUCACCACCACCAUCACCAAGGCUCUUUGGACCAUUUUGGCUUGACCCAGCAGCAGCUCAAUGUGCUUCCCAACAACAUCGUAUCCUCCUCGGAUGCCGCGCUCUCGAGGCACGACAGUAAUUCCAACUGGGGUAACGGAACAGGGCCCAGCAACCACCACAAGACCAACAUUGACAACAACAAUGUUGAUCAUCAAGGUCUGAUGAGAUCCAUCAAUGGGAAUUACGGCAACGGGAAGCUAAACUACUCUGCUGGUUCUUCGUCCAAUAAUAUUAUCCAUGGCGAUAAGGCGCAGGAUCAGAAUGUGGCUGCUGCUGCUGCUAGAAGUGAAGGUAUGGUAGAAUCAUGGAUUUGCUCCUCAGAUUAG